AUGUGCACGUCGUCGACCUCGGCGGCGCCAACCCAAGGCAGUGGAUCGAGCUGCUCCGCCGCGGAGGCCACGCGCCUGCACGUCCCCUUGGCGCUCAACCCGGUGCAAGCCCACAUCGACAACUUCUCGGCUACCGUCAUCGCGUCCCUCGGCGUGCAGCGCGGACCGGCCCUGGUGCUCUCGUCGACGCUGCAGCUCCACCGCCUGAUCGCCGACGCGACCAUCGUCAGGCACGCCGAUCGGGAGCACGAGACGAUGACUAGGGCGGACGCGCUCCUCCACGUGCUCCGCGACCUGUCCCCGAAGCUGCUGGUGCUGACGGAGCAGGAGGCCGACCACAACAACGACGGCGAGGGGCGGGGCGGGCUCUGGGACCGCGUCAACAGCGCCUUCGACCACUACGCGGUCCUGUUCAACGACCUGGAGGUGUCCCGCGUGCCGCGCGAGUCGCUGGACCGCGCGGUCGCGGAGCGGCUGCAUCUCCGGGAGGAGAUCGUGGACAUCGUCGCCCGUGACGGCGCGGCGCGGCGGGAGCGCCAUGAGAAGAUGCUGCGCUGGGUGCCACGGAUGGUGGCGGCAGGGUUCCAGCCCGCGCCGGUGACCAUGGACGGAUUCAAGGAGACGAUGAGGCUGGCAAACCGGCUGUCCGACGGCGACAGGCAAAAGCCGCUGUAUCGGGUAACCGCUGUGAAGGGGUGCUUCUUCGUCCACUCGUGCUGGGCCCCUAUGUUCUCAGGGCAGCCGGCGCCGGGCGACGAUCAGUGA